UGUGUUUCGGAUUCUUUUCAUUCAGUUAAAAGGAUUGACUGGAAGAAGUAAUUCAAUGUACACUAAUUUUCUAAAUUUUGAUUGCAUAUCGUAUUGCAUAUCGUAUUGCAGAGCGGAAUUUCAAACAGGUGAUGUUCGGAGCUUUUAGGAUCGUCUUGUCUUGUAGUUGGUUUUAAGUAGCCUAUGUUAAUUAGUAGGUCGUUGAAACACUGUAAUUGUAUCACAAAAUUUGUGGUCAUCAAUAUUUUCAUGUUUCAUCUGCAAUACAGAGCAACUAAUGGUUCCUUCGCAUGUGACAAACAUUAUGAAGUUGGUUGUAUUGUUGCAUACAUACAUUGCAAACAUUAUCUAUAUGAAACAACAGAGGAGACUGUUUAAUCUAUACAGCAUUUUGUUUGUUAUAUAGUCAACGAAUGCUAUAAUUUUGUACAUAUAGGUAUCUAUCUAUCUAUUUAUUUAUCUAUCUAUCGAUAGAUAGAUAUAUAUAUAUAGCCCUUACUCUAAAGGAAGUGUUUAUGUUGAUAUCUGUAGUGACUGUGUACGCAUGGCGAUGUUCGAGCAUUUUUAGAGGGAGAGCUGACUCAUCACCCUCGAUCUUACCAGGGCAUUUCGAGGACUCGUCUAAAUUCUUCAGUCAGUUUGCGUUAUCAGGUUGUCUUAAAGAAUUAUUUCGUCGGCACCACACUUGUAGAGUGUAAAAAUGUUACGACUGGCACUAUUGCAAAUGUUCGUGGGUGCAGAUAAGACUGCCAAUAUAAAACGUGCUUCUGAAUUAAUUAGUCGAGCUGUAUCUGAGCAUUCACCUCACCUUGUAUGCCUUCCGGAAUGCUUUACCUCCCCUAUUGGUGCAAAGUAUUUUGGACCCUAUGCAGAAACUGUUCCAAACGGUCCGUCAUGCCAAAUGCUAUCAGUUGCUGCUAAAUCUCAUAAAAUAUGGCUUGUCGGUGGUUCUAUCCCUGAACGUGGACCUGAUGGCAAGUUAUAUAACUGUUGUGCAACAUAUAAUCCAGAUGGUGAACUAGUUGGCUUAUAUCGUAAAUUACACUUGUUCGAUAUUGAUAUACCAGGUCAGUUUACAUUUAAAGAAUCAGCUUCACUUAGUUCUGGUAAAGAGACAUUCUCUUUUGAGAUACCUUUAAAAAAUGCCGAGAAUAAAAUUUCAGUAAUACGAGUUGGAAUUGGUAUAUGUUAUGAUAUUCGUUUUCCGGAACUAUCACUUCUUUAUGCUAAUCAAUUAGGAUGUCAAUUACUUUUAUUCCCUGCUGCAUUCAAUCCUAAAACUGGAUCUUUACAUUGGGAAUUAUUGGGUAGAGCACGUGCUUUAGACACACAAUGUUAUGUUGGAAUGUGUAGUCCAGCUUGUAAUCUAGAAUUAGAUUAUAUAAGUCAUGCUGAAUCAUUGAUCACUUCACCAUGGGGUAUAGUUAUAGCUAAAGGCGGUAAAGAGGAGGAAAUCAUAACAGCUGAUUUAGACUUUUCUGAAUUGAAAUGUGUUCGUGAAAGUAUUCCAAUUGGUCGACAACGGCGUUUAGAUAUUUAUACUACACCGAAAUUAGUUAAAAAACAAUCAUAAACAUAUUUGUCUCUUAUUUAUCGAUUACAUUCUUUGUGAUAUAUUAUUUGACUGUUGAUCAUUAUACACUUUAUAAACUUGAUUAAAUUCUGUAUUACACAUUACUUUUGUCUAUUAACAAAGAAUAUUCUCGAGUGAUAUUUUGACUUCAGUUGUUUAUCCUAUUCUGUAUAAUCCAUUGGUCAGUCAUAAUAACCUGAUUAUGAUAUAGUCGAUUAUGAGUCA